AUCUUGUCAAGUGGCCUUAACUUCGACCAAUGUACGGACAGCAAUACACUCCAUGGUUACGGCAACCGUUGCCAACGCAAACCUAUAUAAUGACAGCUAAUGUACAUCAGGCUCAUUAUAAAAUUCUUUUCUCGGAGGUUCCCCGUUACUCUUACUGAGUCUUAGUUUUAACGAUUUAUUCAGCCUAAACAUGCGUGAGUGUAUCUCUAUUCAUCUUGGUCAAGCCGGUGUGCAGAUUGGAAAUGCCUGUUGGGAACUCUAUUGUCUGGAGCAUGGUAUCCAACCUGAUGGCCAGAUGCCUUCUGACAAGACUAUCGGAGGUGGUGAUGACUCCUUCAAUACGUUCUUCAGCGAGACUGGAGCCGGGAAACACGUUCCUCGGGCUGUGUUCCUUGACUUGGAGCCAACUGUUGUUGACGAAGUGAGGACUGGAACCUACAGACAGCUCUUCCAUCCAGAGCAGCUCAUCACUGGAAAGGAAGAUGCUGCCAACAACUACGCUCGAGGUCACUACACCGUCGGGAAAGAGAUUGUUGAUCUCUGUCUUGACAGACUCAGGAAACUGGCUGAUCAGUGUACCGGUCUGCAAGGAUUCCUCGUCUUCCACUCCUUCGGUGGAGGUACUGGAUCUGGGUUCACCUCUCUUCUCCUGGAGAGACUGAGUGUGGACUACGGCAAGAAGAGCAAACUGGAAUUCGCCAUCUACCCUGCCCCUCAGAUCUCAACUGCUGUGGUAGAGCCCUACAACUCUAUCCUGACAACUCACACUACCCUGGAACACUCCGAUUGUGCCUUCAUGGUCGACAACGAAGCCGUGUAUGACAUCUGCCGACGAAACCUUGACAUAGAGAGACCAACGUACACCAACUUGAACAGACUGAUGGCACAGAUUGUCUCCUCCAUCACAGCUUCACUCCGAUUUGACGGUGCUCUGAACGUUGAUCUGACUGAGUUCCAGACUAACUUGGUACCCUACCCCAGGAUUCACUUCCCUCUUGCUACGUACGCUCCAGUUAUCUCUGCUGAGAAGGCUUACCACGAGCAGCUCUCUGUUGCAGAGAUUACCAAUGCCUGCUUUGAGCCCGCCAACCAGAUGGUGAAAUGUGACCCCCGACACGGCAAGUACAUGGCUUGCUGUCUCCUGUACAGAGGCGACGUUGUUCCCAAAGAUGUUAACGCUGCUAUCGCCACCAUCAAGACCAAGAGAACCAUCCAGUUCGUCGACUGGUGCCCCACCGGGUUCAAAGUUGGCAUCAACUACCAACCACCAACUGUUGUUCCUGGAGGUGACCUAGCCAAGGUCCAGAGAGCUGUGUGCAUGUUGUCUAACACCACCGCCAUUGCUGAGGCCUGGGCUCGUCUGGAUCACAAAUUCGAUCUUAUGUACGCCAAGAGAGCCUUCGUCCACUGGUAUGUAGGAGAGGGUAUGGAGGAGGGUGAGUUCUCGGAGGCCAGGGAGGAUUUGGCUGCUCUGGAGAAGGACUACGAGGAGGUCGGUGUGGACUCUGUUGAUAACGAAGGAGAAGACGAUGAAGAGGAAUACUAGAUUUUUCUAGAACCUUUAAAGUUUACAGCUAAUUUCUCAAUAAAAUUGUAUAUCAUUAUAUCGUGUUCUUCUUUUGUUACAGAUAGAAAUAUUUGAAUUUGACUGAAAUGCAAAGACUCGUUUUGCUGUUAUUAUUUCUCCAAAACAUUUUAGCUCUAGAA